UUUGGAGGGGUUGAAAUUAUACUGCAUUAACUGACAUGUUCGGACCUCAUCAUCACUCUUCAGAAUACGACAGCUGAGAGAGAUUUAUAGUAAGGUCGGAACCAUACAAAUCACGUUUGCUGACGAAAUCUCCCGUUCGGUGGAGGAAAAGGUAACACAAUUCAAUCAACGCAAACCAAAUUGAUCCGUUUUUGCUGCAAAGAUGAUGUUGAGAAUGUGAAGAGUCAAUAGCGGUGCUGAUUUUUCUCCGUUCCGGUGGAUCUCGCGCUCGCCACCGGUACUCUCUCUCUCGUUUUUAAGCAGUUUGUCGUGUAUGUUAAAUGAUUGACUGUGUUCGGUGAAUUUGUUAGUACUUAGUGGGAAUCAUUGUCCUGUAGCCGAACACAAUGCCUGAUUAGGCGUCAUUCAACUUUUUUUUAAUGAAUUUAAAUGGCGGAGCCUUGAUUAACUGGUGCUUUGUAUACUUGAUCUGAUUGACUUCGAGUAUGAUUCAUAGCAAAUUUAGCCUGUUUUGGCUAUUUUAUGGCUCAAGGAGUAGUGUUAGCUCCUGAAAAUAUGACAAGUUUGUAUGAGGGUGGGUGUUACAGAGAUGUGUGAUUAGAGGAGAAACACAAAUCAGUAUGUUGUAGGGAUGUGAGAUUACAGGACAGCCACACACCAUAAAGAAGCAAGGACUUCGUAUAGUGGGUGUUUAUUGAUUAGGAGCUUAUUUUGCCAAACACUUUGCAAGAGCUUAUAAGCUAUUUUAGGAGCUUAUAAGCUCAGCAUAACAUCCUCUAAAGUAAGCAUUUUCAUGUUGAGGGAUGAUAGAGAGCAUGCUUCAUGGAAAAUAUUGAUGUAGUGCUUGGACUGAUGCUGUUUGAGGGUUGUUCUGUGUCAUGGUCGUGGAUGAGCUCUGAGAUUCACACAAAUUGAUAAAGAUGAGCCUUCUUGUUAAUGACACCAUUGGACACAUAGCUGGAGUUUCCAAUACCUUUGGGGUUGAGAAAUGCCAACUUUACUUUCUUUUCCAUGGUGAAACUAAGCUUGGUAAUGGUGUUAGGGGGUUCCUGUAUUUUACGGCUCUUGCCUACUGCUUUAUUGGAUUGUCAGCUAUAACCGCUCGUUUCUUCCGGUCUAUGGAGCAUGUUGUUAAGCAUACUCGGAUAGUCGAAGAGAUUGAUCCUUUCACUAAUACCAUAGUUGUAAAACACAAAAAGGUUUGGAAUUACACCAUAGCUGACAUCACGCUGUUGGCAUUUGGAACUAGCUUCCCCCAGAUUUCUUUAGCGACCAUUGAUGCAAUAAGGAAUAUCGGCCAAGUGUACGCUGGAGGUUUAGGUCCUGGUACACUUGUUGGCUCUGCUGCUUUUGAUUUGUUUCCCAUCCAUGCUGUCUGUGUUAUAGUUCCUAAAGCUGGUGAACUAAAAAAGAUAUCAGAUAUUGGGGUCUGGCUUGUGGAACUCUUUUGGUCUUUCUGGGCUUACAUCUGGCUAUAUAUAACUUUGGAGGUAUGGACACCAAAUGUGAUCACUCUUUGGGAAGCUUUAUUGACAGUGUUGCAAUUUGGGCUAUUGCUGUUACAUGCAUAUGCUCAAGAUAUGCGUUGGCCCUAUUUGUCUCUGCCCAUAGCAAGAUCAAAGAGGCCAGAGGAAUGGGUACCAGUGGAAACGGCCCCAUGCAGGAAUGGAAACACAGCUUAUGAUGAGUAUCAGAAGUUGCCAUAUACUGAGGUAGCUGAAUCCUCGGAUCAGUUUAGCAGAGAGAUUCCUGAUAAAGAUAACUUGCUUUCAAUCUGGAAGCAACAGUUCAUUGAUGCAUUGACGUUGGAGAACCCAGAAUCAAGAAAAUUGAAUAACACGAGUCUACGGAUAGCAAAGUUAUUCUGGGAGUUGCUUUGUGCACCUUGGAGAAUUUUGUUUGCUGCUUUUGUACCUCCAUAUCAGAUCGCGCAUGGAUGGGUGUCAUUCAUUCUCUCCUUAGUUUUCAUCAGCGGGAUAGCUUACAUAGUAACCAAGCUUACAGAUCUAAUAAGCUGUGUCACAGGUAUUGAUGCUUAUGUCAUAGCUUUUACAGCGUUGGCCGCUGGAACAUCAUGGCCGGAUUUAAUGGCGAGCAAGAUUGCAGCAGAGCGGCAGAUCACAGCUGACUCUGCCAUAGCUAAUAUCACCUGCAGCAACUCGGUGAACAUUUAUAUUGGCAUCGGUGUGCCUUGGCUCAUUGACACACUAUACAACUUCUUUGCAUACAAUGAGCCUCUGAGGAUAGAGAAUGCCGGCUACCUCAGCUUUUCGUUGCUCGUAUUCUUUGCUACAUCGGUAGGUUGUAUCGGUGUAUUGGUAUUUAGGCGUCUCACUUUGGGUGCAGAGCUUGGUGGUCCAAGAUUGUGGGCAUGGGUAACCUGCGUUUACUUCAUGUUGUUAUGGCUUAUUUUUGUUGUACUCUCGUCUUUACAUAUAUACGGCCUUAUUUGAGCAA